AUGGCGAUGAUGAUGACUGGCCGUGUGCUGCUGGUGUGUGCCCUCUGCGUGCUGUGGUGCAGUGCCGGCGGUGUUUAUGCGAGGGAUGUCGACACCAAUGCACUGGGCGGUUGCAUGGCGUCGGGAGUGUUGGGUGAGAAUGGAUCCCACAUGCCUGACGGAUGUAAUAAAACUGCGAUUACGAUGCCUUUGCGGUCAGUACUGCCCAUUACUGCCGUUGAAGCCUCGGCUGGAACAGAUAAUACUGUUGUAAUACCGAACGAUUCGCAUUCAAGUGAGACUUCCAACGCUGGUGCUUCUCCUGCUGUUUCAUCUGCUGGUGGAGGCGGUUCUGGUGGUGGUGCAGGAGGUUCUGGUUCUGGAGUUGGUUCUGCUGGUGGUGGUUCUGGUGCUGGUGGAGGCAGUGGAACUUCUGCUGGAGAUCAAGGCAGCGGUGGCAUUUCUUCUGGUUCAUCUGCUGCUCUUCCUGCUGCUCCUGCUGUUUCUCCUGCUCUUCCUCCUUCAGAUCCUCCUGUUGUUGAUUCUUCAGCUGGCAGCAGUGAUGGUACAGCGGGGUCCUCAGACAGUAAUCCAUCUAACACAACAGGGGACUCUUCAACAGGAGAUCAGACGUCUGCUGCAGCAGCGGCUAACGACUCCUCGCCAGCCAAAAUACCGGCAGGAACGACAUCCGGCACUGGACACACACGACAAGAAGAAGAAGAGGGAGAGGAAGAAGAUCAUGAAAAGCAGCAGCAAAGUGAUGAAACACAAGUCCAACAACAUCAACAGCAUGAGCACCCCGCGGAAAAUGGCGAAGAAUCCGCGAAAGGUAAAAACGCCAUUCGUACAAAUGCCACCGCAAAUACAGGCGACAGUGACGGCAGCGCCGCGGCCUCCCACUCCACCUCCCCUCUUUUGCUUCUUCUUCUUGUUGCGUGUGCGGCUGCUGCUGCGGUGGUGGCCGCGUGA